CGGUGCGGGCGCGGGGCGGCGGCGGCGACCGGAGUCGCCAUGGGCCCGCGCGGGGCGGCGCGGCUGACGGUGGCGGUGGCGGCGGUGGCGUUGGCGGCGGCUCUGCGGGCGUCCACGGGCGGAGGGCAGGAGGAGGGCGGGGAGGGCUGCGGGGGGCUGCGCGGCGUCACGGCCGUGCUGGGCAACAACACGCACCAGUGCGUCUUCGACGACCUCAGCGGCUCCGUGUCCCUGUCGUGGGUGGGCGAUAGCACGGGGGUCAUCCUUGUGCUGACCACGUUCCAGGUGCCCUGGGUGAUUGUGAUCUCUGGGCAGUCCAAGCUGUACCGCAGUGAGGACUAUGGGAAGACCUUCAAGGACAUCACCAACCUCAUCAACAACACCUUCAUCCGCACCGAGUUUGGCAUGGCCAUCAGCCCCGACAACUCGGGGAAGGUCAUCCUGACAAGUGAUGUCUCUGGUGGCAGCCGCGGCGGCCGCAUCUUCCGCUCGUCUGACUUUGCCAAGAACUUUGUGCAGACCGAGCUGCCCUUCCACCCUCUGGCACAGAUCUCCUACCACCCGCAGGACUCCAACCGCCUGCUGGCACUCAGCACCGACAAUGGCCUCUGGGUCUCCAAGGACUUUGGGGAGCGCUGGGAGCAGAUCCACAGAGCUGUCUGCCUGGCCAAGUGGGGUGCAAACGACACCAUCUUCUUCACCGCCUACCUGAACGGCUCCUGCAAAGCUGACCUCGGCUUCCUGGAGCUGAAGAAAACCACCGACUUCGGCAAAACCUUCAAAGUCAUCGGCACCAAGAUCUACUCCUUCGGGCUGGGCGGCCGCUUCCUCUUCGCCUCCGUCAUGACGGAGAAGGGCUUCACGCGGCGCAUCCACGUCUCGCUGGACCAAGGUGAGAGCUGGAGCAUGGCACAGCUGCCCUCCGUCGGCCACGAGCAGUUCUACUCCAUCCUGGCUGCCAACGAUGACCUGGUGUUCAUGCAUGUGGAUGAGCCGGGUGACACCGGCUAUGGCACCAUCUACACGUCGGACGACCGCGGCGUGGUGUUCUCCAAGUCCUUGGAACGUCACCUCUACACCACAACCGGCGGGGAGACCGACUUCACCAACGUCACGUCGCUGCGUGGCAUCUACAUCACCAGCGUGCUGUCCGAAGACAACUCCAUCCAAUCCGUCAUCACGUUUGACCGAGGUGGGGAGUGGGUGCCGCUGCGGAAGCCCAAGAACACGACGUGCGACUCGACAGCCCGCAGCAAGGAGGAGUGCAGCCUCCACAUCCACGCGUCCUACAGCAUCUCGCAGAAGCUCAAUGUGCCCAUGGUGCCGCUGUCUGAACCCAACGCCGUCGGCAUCGUCAUCGCCCACGGUACCGGGGGGGGCAGGGGGGCAGGGAAAGGGGGGG